CGUCACGGGUCACGUGGCUCCUGCCCGCCCUGGUUUAGCGCAGGCUCCAUUUUGUUUUAUUCUGGCGUGUUUCCGUCGACGACCAGGGAGAAUAUCUAUCUUUGUGUCGCUAUUAAGCUCGUCUCAACUCGACUGAACCAUGAGUGGAUGUCGCAUCUUCAUCGGCCGCCUGAGCCCCUCGGCGAGGGAGAAGGACGUGGAGAGGUUCUUUAAGGGCUACGGCCGGAUCCGAGACAUCGACCUGAAGAGAGGCUUCGGCUUCGUGGAGUUUGAUGAUCCCAGAGAUGCAGAAGAUGCUGUGUAUGAGCUUGAUGGCAAAGAGCUUUGCAAUGAAAGGGUGACCAUUGAGCAUGCUCGUGUCCGCCUGCGGGGCGGGCGUGGCCGCGGUGGUGGAGGUGGUGGUGGAGGACGUUUUUCUGAUCGCUAUGGACGAGGCUCCCAGAACAGUCGGAGCCGAAAUCCUCCUCCAAUGCGGACUGAAAACCGCCUGAUUGUGGAGAACUUGUCCUCACGAGUCAGUUGGCAGGACCUGAAAGAUUUCAUGAGACAAGCUGGAGAGGUGACAUUCGCAGACGCACACCGGCCCAAACUCAACGAAGGGGUCGUUGAGUUUGCCUCUUACAGUGAUUUGAAAAAUGCCCUUGACAAAUUGUCUGGAAAGGAAAUCAAUGGCAGGAAAAUCAAGCUCAUUGAAGCUACUAAAAGGAGGUCUAGAAGUCGCUCCCGCUCGGAGAGCUCGUCCCGCUCUCGGUCCCGUUCCCGCGGUCGCUCCCAGUCCCGCUCCCCCCGGCGCUCCCGCACCCCGACCAAAGAUCACCACCGCUCGCGCUCCCGUUCCCGCUCCCGCUCCCGCAGCGGCUCGCCCGCCGGAGGAGCUUCCCCCAAAUCCAAGGAGACCAACAAGCGCAAGUCCAGCAAGUCUGUCACUCCAUCCUCCCCUCCGCCCGCGCAGAGGGCCUCCAUGUCCCGCUCCCGUUCCCGCUCACGCUCCCGUUCCCGCUCUCGCUCCCGCUCUCCCUCUACGGACAGUCAACGCUAAACCAACGCCACGCUAUCAGGAAUCGACAGUAGAAGCAACCCGAAAGUUGUUGACCUCUUCUGAGUUUUCUUUAGUAUUUUGGUUUCUGCUGGAUUUGUCUUGUGAUUCUUCAAGUUUCUUUUAAGUUGACACAUCCUCAACAAAGAACACUGAUAUUUAAAAAAAAAAAAAAAAAACUUCAACGGGAAUUCAGUGUUUUCCAUCUAUGUAAAGAUCCUUUUGAAGAAUUGACCACUUUCUUCAUGUUUUGAUACUUUUUGCUUCUCAGUGGGACUUUUUAUUUUUCCUCCGCUCUUUUGUUCCUCGUGUUCUCCAAGGCCUUGAACCCAUCCCUGACAUCUGUCCUCACAGCUGGUGUGUGAAAGUGUGUGUGUGUGUUUGUUUGUGCGUGCGUGCAUGUGUGAGUGAGAGAGAGAGAGAGAGAGAGAGAGAGAGAGAGAUAUAACUAUACGCUUCUGUUUGAUCAAAAUCUGCCCUCCUAUUCAGUGUAUUUUUAUUUGUUCUUUAAGCUCAAAAGACCACCGAUCUGGCUUUAGUGACGUCUAUAAAGAGAACUUGUGUACAGUAAACUCUGCACAGUAAAUUAAAUUCAUGUAUUCUACGGUUGAUUGUAGUGAGUUAAAUUUGAGCAUAAAGUUGACACUUCCGCUUCAUAUUGCAAUGAUAUUUCUGACAUUUGAAUUUGUUUUUUCCUAGGGAUUUGUGUACAGACUGCAGACCUCUGUGAAAGUUGUUUAAAUGUAAUUCCAUAAAUUCUUGGUUUGUACUGUGGUUCAAAUGAACAUGUAGAGUUUGGAAAACACAUUUUUGUACAUGGGGAUUUUAUUUUCAGUGAGAAAUACAGUAGCUGUUUGUAUGGUGUAUGAAAACAAGACUUAAUAAAUCCAUUUUAACUAUAA